CAAUCAUGUUUUUUUCCCUCUGCUUGGGUUAGCCUCCCCUCUAUCGCCAUAUUGGGCACCGAAAAGCCUCCUGUUUAUUUCUUCCUUUUACUACGACGCUGAAGUUGACAGGAGUGGCCGUCGUGAGCGCAUUUUGUUUUGAUGCGCUCUCUCUCUCUCCCUCUCUCUCUCUCUCUCUGGGUGUUGUAUGCGUGUGUGUGUGUGUGUGUGUGUGAGUGUGUGUGUGUUUUCUCUCGGUUUCCGCUCGGAGCUGCUCGGGGGCUUUAAAGUGUGUCUCCUGCGUGGCAUGCGCGCGCGCGCUCGGGGCCACUGGGGUUUUGACGCUUGUUGUUUUGGUGCGAGUUGAUCCAAGAGGAGACUGGACUUUCUGAUUAUUAUUAAUAUUAUUAUUAUUAUUUUUGGUUGGUGUGUGUGUGUGUGUGUGUGUGUAGGCGCGCGUACGUACGUGCGUGCGUGCGUGUGUGUGUGUGCAUGUAUUGUGUGUAUGCGUGUACGUGUGUGUGUAUGUAUGUGCGUGCAUGUGUGUACUAUUUCCGAAAAAUUGUCACGCUGUAAAAACGAUGUCUAACGUGCGCCUGUCGAACGGGAGCCCGACCCUGGAGAGGAUGGACGCCGCGCGGCUGUCGGAUCAGCCCAAGCCGUCGGCGUGCAGGACUCUGUUCGGUCCGGUGGAUCAUGAAGAGUUAAAGAGGGAGUUAACGGGCCACCUGAAGGCGAUGGAAGAGGCGGCGGCGGAGAGCUGGGGCUUCGACUUCUCCACACACACACCGCGGCCCAACGCCAGGUUCCUGUGGAAAGCGGUGGACAGUAAAGACUUACCGAGUUUCUACAGCGCGUCUGAGCAGCCGAGCAAAAGCCUGUGUGCUAAAGUGGAUGUAAACGGGAACUGUGGACUAACCGAGGAGAGAGAGGACAAGUCUGAAAAACAAACCGACAGAACAGACAAGAGGAAAAGACCUGCGUGUAUCGACUCGUCGUGUCCGAGUAAACGCUCGCGCACCUGUUUAGAUGAAACUCCUCACACACCGAAGAAGUGCAGUCCACCGAGACACACGUAAACACAGCGGAGAGCUGAAGAUGUUCUCUCCCCCCUGACGGCUUCAGUGCUUGGCAAAUGAAAAAUUCACGGAGUGAAGAAUGAGAGGAAAGGAAAAGCUUAUCAGCUCAACGAGCGGGGAGACUGGACAAGCACUGAAACAAACGUUCUGGCACUAAAAAAAAAAAAAAUCAACUGCCUCAAAAGCAGUCUAUGUAGCAGUGUGCAAUUAGGUUUAAUCUCCUUUUUUGCUCAUUAUUUUUUUCUUACUACCUGUGUACAUAUUUUCUUUUUUGUAUGUAGCACAUAAUACAUAUUAUGUUGGGUUUUUUCUUUUCAGUUUUGGACUAGGUGAAUUCCAAUUGACUUGAACAACUGCGAUUUAGGGGUUUCAAAAAGGUUUUUUUCUUUCUCUCUCUCUCUUCAGAAAUGCUGUUUGUUACUUUUGCUGGUCUACCCCAUUUUACAAUGAUUUUACAAAUGUAUUUUUGUGUUCUUCUGUCACUGAAACCCGUUGGAGUGCCCACACAUGCUCGAACAGCUGUGCACACCUACAGCACUCGGGUGGUACAUGGUACAUAAAUUGCCUGGUCCCGUGUAGAUUGGUGUGGUUUCUAGCUUCUCUGUAUGCUUUCCUCUAAAGAAAACCACAUACAAUAUACUCUGUAGAGAAUGCAGAGCUUAUCUAAAAUCUCGAGCUAAAUCUAAAUUAUUAUAUGUAACUUAUGUCUCUGAUUUUCAUUAGGAAAGCUGACAGAUAAUGUUCACUUAUAGACAAGGUCAAACCACGUAGCAUCAACCAGUAUUAACACCAUGUGAGGCACUUGCUGAAAGACUAAAGUGUCCCUCGCUUACUCAUAAAUUAUUCUUUAAUAUGUAUCUUGAUUAUUAUUAUUAUUAUUAUGUUUUUUUUGUUUUUUUUUUUAUUUUGAGUGAAAAUUUCUACUGAUGGCCUUCUCUCAGUUUUCCUGUUUCAUUUCACUCAGUUUGACUCCAGCACUCCCCCACAUUUGGUGUAAUAUCAGAAAUAUCUCUCAGCUGUAUGCACCUACACUCCCAUUUGAUUCUGUGGUUAAUUAUGACACAUAAUUUUAUUUAUAGAAAAAAGUAUAAAUUAAUAUUUCAGCAGACAACACAGCCUGUGUAUUUGUUUAAACUUUGAAGUGUACCUGUGUACAUAACUUUGUAAAAACACUGAGAAAAUUAAAACUAACUUAUUUAUGUUGAGGGUUUUUUUUUUUUUUUUUUUUUUGAAAUCUAAAAAUGGUUGGUCAUGGUUAUCCAAAGUCCAAAGUGGCAUUUGAGUUAUUUUUUAAAAUGCUUUUUUAAUAUUUUAACAAAUUGUUGUGUAAGGUUGCAAACUGAGCCUGGUUUAAAAAAAUGUUUUUGUUAUGAGUGUUUAAACAAUGUGCUGAAAUCAAUUAAAAGAGUUAAAUUAUAA